AUGCAAGAUGUCGUUGUGGAGAUGCCACGAGGAGAAAUAGAGCUGCAGACCGUCGGGGCUACCAAAGAAAAAGGCAAAAAAGGCCACGGCGCCACGCAAGGCCAAUACAAUCUAGCCCCGGAGACUGGGCGUCUGUUGGUGCAGUCUGGAACUGGCAAGGCGGUUGUCAAGGCUGAUGAGGUUGAAGAGGCUGACAAAAGUAGUGACAGUUGUAGGUUUCGUAUUUUAUAUCGUGUUCUCUGGUCCAGCGGGCUCAAGAUAAGGUAG